AUGAACGAGUCUCAAAGUAAAAUAUCUCGAAAUACUUCAUCCUCACAUUUUAGUCUUCCUAAGAUAUAGAAAUUAACCACUGCACCAAAAUAUCUUGAGGUUAAGGGCUAUAAAAAUUAUAAGUACAAGAGUUAUAUGAUGGAUUUGAUGAAAUCUGAUAAGAAGUUAUAGAAAUUGCUACCCUUUCAUCUUCAAAAUUUGACGAAAACACCUAGAAAGAGGUAUGAACUAAAUGAUUCUACUAAAUAAGAAUUGCUUCAUUUCAGCAAAUUGGAUAAUAUAUUUACAGAGGGGGAUUUAGAUGUAAUGAAACAAGCUACAGUUACUCAGGGGGCUAUGAAUAUUCAAGCCAUGUAUAAGAAAACAUUGAAGUCGUACGAACAGGAUUCAUAAAACACUAGGAGAGCUGACGAGAGUCAAUUAUGCGAUGAAAUAACUAUGAAUAAUAGUAUGAUAAGCAAUAUUAUUGAACAUCAAAAAUAAUUGACUAUCAAUCCAAGAGUGAUCAGAUAAGCAAAGAAAGAAAUAUAUAAAGAGAUGAACACUAUCAAAGAAUUCAAGGUUCUAGUUAAGAAUACUCAAUAAUACAUUGAUAUUUACGAUAUUAAAGAAACAGGAAAAAAUCCUUUCAUAUACUAAUUUAUAUUAAGAGAAUCCUAUUUAAGUUUCACUGAGUUAUCAGGAGUGGUUCAGGAUCGAAUUUUGUUGGCCUUUGACAUCAAUCCUCAUAAUGAGCAAGAAAAGGUGUACUAUAGUCAAUUUAGAUUAUUCAAAUAGAUUGUUAUAAGUUAGCAUUUCAAAGAGCAAACCUUAAUUAACUUUUUUAUUAAAUUCUUUAAUCCUCAAAAUCAACCUGCAAUAACAAUGCAAGAUUUUAGAUCAAUUUUAAUUGUGAUUUUGUAAAAUUCUGAAAAUAUGGAUUAGUUGGUAAAAUAUAUUUUAAAAAAUAUACAAUUAUCACAAUAUGUAGAAGAUAAUUAGAUAAAAGACUUAUUUGGUAUAUUUAAGUCUAAAAUACUAGACCCUAUUAAUUUGAUCUAUUUAUUAUUAAACAAUAAUUGAUAUUAAAAUUAACUAUUC